AUGAAGGUCCUCGUGGCUGCUGUCUUUGCCCUCUGCACUGUGGCCCUCUGCUCCUAUGCACAAAAAAAGGUUUACACCCCACCCACUUGCUGCUUCACCUACACCUCCAGGAAAAUCCCCCAAGGAAAUGUGGUUAACUAUUUUAAGACCAGCAGCGACUGCCCCAAACCUGGUAUCAUCUUCCUCACCAGAAAGGGCCGAUACGUCUGUGUCAAUCCUGCUGACAGCUGGGUCCAGAAAUACAUCAGGGACCUGAAGAAGAGCCCCUGA